AUGCCAAAAAUCGAUCAAUUUGGAACACAACAAUCAAUUGCUUUACUUGAAUUACUUAUUGAAAAACAUGGAAUUCGAAUAAUACAAAGUCUUUUACAAACAAUACCUGAAAGAUUUUUACGUGUUUGGUUACAUGAAUGUAUUCGAAUAUUUUUUGAUCAUUUUAAUGAUAUAAAAGAUAAUGAAUUAUUUAAUAAAAUUUUACAAAAUAUUAUUGAUAAUAAGUCUUUAUUAAAAUCUCAUCGAAAUUAUUUAUUUCGAAAACCAAUUUUAUUUUCUGAUUAUCGCACAAUAUUACAAAAUGAUGAACCAAAAAUUUAUGAAGCUUUACAAGAUUAUCAUGCUAUAAAAUCAAUAUUUGAUGAAAUUAUUUUAGAAUAUAAAGAUAAAUAUGGAUAUAUUGAUAUUGUUUUAUUUAAUGAUGCACUUGAACAUUUAUUAUUAAUUGGUACAGAUGGAUCAGAAAAAAAAAUUACUUGCUAA